UCACAUUGGCAGCAGUAUCAUUGUUGCGGGGCGCACAUUCACUCUCCCAGCAGCGGGAAGUGACAACGGCGCAGGCAUGAGACCGGACAGAAAGCCAACCUGCUGGACUAUGAUUGUACAAGAUGAUUUUGGCGUUGUUGCCAGGACAUGGCAGGCUGAGAGUUACCUUCUGCUUAUCGUGUCUCUCCUUGUACUGCAAGCCAAUGCUGAUCUGGAGUUUCCCAAAGAGAACCAUUACACCUGGAAAAUGGGUCAGUGGGGCAGGUGUAUGGGUGAGGAUUGCGGCCCCGGCGGGGUUCAGACGCGGACGGUGUGGUGCAUUCACACCGAGGGCUGGACCACCCACCACUCCAACUGCCCCCACGCCGAGAAGCCCGAGAGCCAGCGUCGCUGCUUCAAGGUGUGCGAGUGGCACCAGGAACUCUUCGAGUGGGCCGUGUCCGAGUGGGGCCCGUGCGUCCUCACCCCCCACCUCUCCAACGAGGUGAAACCCGGGACGGCCGCGUGCGUGACGGCGCAGCACGGCGUCCAGAGACGCGCGGUGCUCUGCGCCCGCAAGUCCAACCGCACGGCUGUGACGGAGCGCAUCUGCGACUUCUUCUCCCAGAGGCCGGCGGCCGAACAGGCCUGCCUCAUCCCCUGCCCGCACGACUGCGUGGCGUCCGCCUUCUCCCACUGGUCCGCCUGCAGCCGGACCUGCGGUGCCGGCCUCCAGCACCGCACCCGGGCGGUCCUGGCCACGCCCAUGUACGGGGGCGCCAACUGUCCCAACCUCACCCAGAUCCGGACCUGCCGCAACCCCCUGGCCUGUCCGGAGGGGCAGGAGCGGUACCGGUACAGCCUGAAGGUGGGGCCGUGGAGCGAGUGCCGGCUGCCGCACUCGAAGGCCGUCUGGCUCGGGGGGAGGACCACGGUGGAUCUGGGCGACUCGGUGGCGGAGAGGAACUCGGUCGAACAUCGCUCCGAAGGCGCCCGUCGACGGAGGCACCACCCCCACCAUCACGGCUCCAAAACGUUGGACGUCCGGAUCGGCUAUCAGACGCGGCAGGUGCGCUGCACGCAGAGCGACGGGAGGAACGUCAUGCUCAGCCUUUGUAUCCAUGACAACACCCCGAUGACAUUUCAAUCUUGUGAGAUGCCCAGAGAUUGCGAAAUGUCUGAUUGGUCUUUGUGGAGCCCAUGUUCAAAGACUUGCCGAGCAGUGGACCUGUCGCCCGGUUACCGAACCAGGACUCGCAACCUGAAGCAGACUCCUAUUGGUGGAGGGAAAGAAUGCCCUCCUCUUGAGGAAAAAGAAGCUUGCAACAUUGUAGGAGACUUGCUUCCUGAAUGUCCCAGGUUUGUGUGGAAGAGCACGGACUGGGGCGAUUGUCAGGUAGCCCCACUUCUCAGCCAGCAGGACCGGCGGCAAGACAAACUCAGUGCUCUGUGUGGAGGAGGGAUCCAGACCAGAGACACUUACUGUGUGCAGGUCCCAGAUGACAGCACUCCACAUCACACCAAAGAUGUGUCCAGACCUGUGAACAGCAGGCUGUGUGUGGGGAACAUUCCCUCUUCCGUGCAGCCCUGCCAUAUACCCUGUCCUGAGGAAUGCCUGGUCUCAACCUGGUCUGACUGGGGGCCCUGUCUCCAUGACAACUGCAUGGAGCCCCAGGGGAAGAAAGGUUUCAAGCAGCGAAGGCGGCAAAUUGAGCGAGAGCCUGCCGGUGAGUCUCAGAGCUGUCCCCACCUAGCAGAGGCCAUUCCAUGCGAGGACCCCAUCUGCUUCCUGUUGAGUGUGACAUCAGAGGAGCCCUGUGUGCCCACACAGGGACCAUGUGGCCCCGGAACCCAAAACCAGAGCGCCCUCUGCACCAGUACCCAAGGUGAAGUGGUGCCCAUUGAGAGAUGCUCGGAGAAUCCUGAUCCGUCCCCUCUUCCCUGUGAGGUGCCCUGUCCAGGGGACUGUGUGAUUGGCCCCUGGUCCGAGUGGUCACCGUGCACACACUCAUGUUCCACCAAACACUCAGAAGGCCGACAGAGUCGAGCACGCGCCAUGCUGGCUCUUCCUGGAGAAGGGAAAAAGCCUUGUCCUGCUCCCCCAGCCCUGGAGGAGUGGAGGCACUGUAAUGAACAUCCCUGCCUUACGUUCUACUGGGAGGCAUCACCUUGGAGUCCCUGCAUGGAGGACUCAUCCACGGCCACUUUAAAUGCCACCAGCAGCUGGAACGGGAGCCCCACGUGUACUGUUGGAGUACAGACACGCAGAGUGUCCUGCAUAAAGAUGAACGUGGGACAGGUGAUUCCAAAAAGGUGUCCGGACUCUUCUCGGCCUGACACCAUCCGGCCCUGUCUGUUACCCUGCAGGACAGACUGCAUAGUGACUCCCUUCAGUGAAUGGACAUCUUGCCUUUCCAGCUGCUUCACAGUUAACGCAACUGCAGCCACCCAAUCACGUUACAGAAUCAUUAUCCAGAGGUCAGCCAACGGAGGACAAGAGUGUCCUGAUACCCUUUAUGAAGAGAGAGAGUGUGACUCUCUCCCUGUUUGCCCAACCUACAGGUGGAAGACACAGAAAUGGCAUGAGUGUACUCUCGUGCCUGAGUCUGUUCGUCAGGGGUCAACAGGGGCAGGAGAACCAUGUGGCAGAGGGCUAGAGACAAGAGCGGUGACGUGCGUCGGUGAGGACGAGGAGCCGGUGGACGUUAUGGCGUGCCUGCAGUCGGCCGGAGCCAUGCCGCCGCAGGUCAGGGAGUGCCGGGUGCCGUGCAGGGACGACUGCACGCUCAGCAGCUGGUCCAAAUUCUCAGAGUGUCCCGAGUGUGGAGGCUGGCGCAGCCGCAAGCGUACUCUCACAGGUCGAAGUAAGAAGAGAGAGAAGUGCCAGAGAAUGGAGCUCUAUCCAUUGAUGGAGACAGAGGCUUGUCCUUGUGCUGAGUUCCUGUCUCAGCCCUAUGGGAACUGGUCUGACUGCAUCCUCCAUGAUGCUCAGAUGCACAGCCCUCUGCAGGGCUGGAGGGUGUUCCGAGAAGCAAAGGAGUGUGGGCAGGGUAUCCGUUAUCGUGCUUUGGCCUGCUUAGACCAGGAAGACCAGCUUGUUGACCCCACCUUCUGCAGCAGCACAGGUUAUGUGGAGGACAUCUGUCAUGUCCCAUGCCCCUUGGACUGUAAACUAAGUGACUGGUCAGCCUGGUCAGGGUGCAGCGCCCCCUGUGGCAGCGGAGUGAAAGUCAGGUCCAGGUGGCUUCGGGAGAAAGCUUUCAAUGGUGGCCGACCUUGUCCUAAACUGGACCUGAAGAAUCAGGUCUAUGAGGCGGUCCCAUGUUACAGCGAGUGCGGGCAGUAUGUCUGGGUAACAGAGCCCUGGUCCGUUUGCACCAUUAACAGCGUGGACAAAGUGCCGGACUGCGGGGAAGGAGUUCAGAGCCGCAAAGUCAAGUGUGUGCAAAGGGGCAGUGAGGGCCCAGGAGACAGUGUGGAUGACCGCCUGUGUGACCAGGAAGAGAUUCCUUUCAGAGCACAGAUCUGUUACCUGCCCUGCCCUGAUGAUUGUGUGAUGUCAGAAUGGAGCCAGUGGAUCACCUGUCCUUUGCCAUGUGACCAGAACACAACAAGGAGCCGAUCAAGAACAAUCCUGCGAUUGCCUGAAGCUGAGAAAACCUGCCCUGACGCAAAUGAGACAGAGGCCUGUAUCCUCAACAGCACCUGCUUUACCUACCACUACAACCUCUCAGACUGGAGCACCUGCCAGUUGAGUGAAAAUGCUAUUUGUGGAAAGGGUACAAAGAUGCGGCUGUUGGACUGUGUACGUAGCGAUGGAAAGGUGGUGGAACUGACCAAGUGCAAGGAGCUGGGUUUGGUAAGGUUGUGGAAGCUGAGUGCUCGCUGUGUGGUGGACUGUCCUGUGAGUUGUCUGCUGUCAGAGUGGUCUCCCUGGACUGCAUGUUCACACACAUGCGGAAGCCAAGGUCAGAUGAUGCGCUCUCGAAGCGUGCUGCAGCAGGCCCAGGAAGAGGGGCGCCCCUGUUCGCCUCAGCUCUCCCAGACGAAGCCCUGUCCCAUCAGGCCCUGCUACACCUGGCUGCUGGGGCAAUGGUCCGAAUGCCAUGUGGAGGGAGCCGAGUGCGGGGAAGGGGUCCGAGUGAGGAACCUGACCUGCGUGGUGGACUGGGGCGGCACGUCGGACGCCUCGUUCCCCAAAGCAGUGGAGGAGGACAAGUGCGAGGACAAGCUGAGGAAAGCGAGCGCACAUGAGCUGCUUCUGCCAUGCUCCGUGCCCUGUCCAGGAGACUGCCACUUGACAGAGUGGUCGCCAUGGAGCUCAUGUCAGCUCACCUGCCUAGACGGGAGGAGCUUCGAAACGACAGGACAGCAGGCACGUUCCAGGGCAGUAGUUAUUCAAGUGGAGGAGAACCAGGACAGCUGCCCACACCAAAUCUUCCAGACACGGCCCUGUAAAGGGGGAAAGUGCCACACUUACGAGUGGAGGACCAGCGCAUGGAGUGACAACGAGCGCUCGGUGUGGUGCCAGCGUUCAGAUGGGGUGAACGUUACAGGAGGCUGCUUUCUGCAGAACCGCCCCACGACCGUCAGGCACUGUUAUCCCCCAUGCACCAAGCCUUUCUCCUACUGCACACAGAGUGGAGUGUGUGGGUGUGAACGGGGUUACACAGAGGUUAUGACCACACAUGGGUUCUUGGAUUACUGCACCAAGACCCCUGGGUCCGACAACAAGAAAGCCGAUGUCAAAACCAACUCCGGAAGACUCAAGCCUGGGAACUCACAGAUCCCGGAUUUCUUCACCGAGUGGUCCCUCCGCCCUGUUGGACCAGAUGGCAGAAUUAAGCUGUGGGUCUACGGGGUGACUGCUGGUGGAUUUCUCCUCAUUGGGUUCAUUAUCGCUCUGUUGUUUGUGUUGUGCAGAAAACAGAAACAAAGUAAGGGCUCCCCUCCGACACAGAAACCUCUGACCCUGGCCUAUGAUGGUGAUGUGGAUAUGUAAUGAAAGCAUCAAACUGAGUCACCUCCAGGCACAAGGAAAAAAUGAAGAAGAAAUAUCUUCCUAAAUGUAUGCAACAUAUUUUUUCAAAAACAACAGGCGUUCUAAGGAAGACUACAAAAUGCUCACGUGAAAGGCAUCUUCAGAUUUGUACUAUAUUCCAUUUUGUGGCGCACAAAAGAAGACUGCCCUUUGCAACUCACAUGAACAGAACAUGGAGAGUAUUUUGGGUCACAGUUUGCAGACAUUCAAAGAAGAGUACGGAGCUUGUCAAGUAGUGUCCCAUGUAGGAUGGGCAGCAUUUGCCUUGGGUGACUUUUUCAAAUUAAAAAUGUAUUUUGGCAUCCGAGUUUGUUGGUGUCUGUGUACUGGCUGUUCACCUGUGGGGAAAGUGACUUUUUCAGUAAUGAUGGAAAAACAAACAUGCCAUUAUGCACUAUAUUAGUGCUUUGUUUGUUUGUUUUUUAUUUUCUUUCAGAUGAAAACAGUUUUUCUAGUGUUUACAUGGUAAUGCAAGACUAUUUUGCUGUGAAAUUGUGUUUUUAAUGAUAAUGUUCUAGGAUGUGUCUGUAUUAUGGUCCUCUGGAUAAGCCAAAACCAGGUUUAGCAGUGUUGUGUUAGGACUUAUUAGAGAUAUGCCACUACAGUUUUGCAGACAGGAUCAUUAACAUGUUUAACCCUCUUACACACUGAAUGCACUUGCAACUCAGAGACUUUCUUGGAUGCUGAGAUCCUUUCAUUAAAUGUCUCCAUAGUAUGUUGCCAUAGAGAUACUGUCCAUUAAGAUAUACAGUGCAGUUUGUAUGCUAAUCAUCUGUUAAAAAAAAAUAAAAAAUAAAACCUAAACGAAAGGUAAGACCUAACCCAGAAUAAAAAUGUAAUAAAAAUCCAACUGUAACAUUAUGAACUGCUAGUAUAUAUUUUAUAAUUAAAAUAUCAAAGACAGUAUUGAUUUUAAAUGAUAACCAUAAAUAGCUUAAGCGCUUAGGCUAAGCAGUUCAAAAGAAUGGACAGGAUUUAUGAAGACAUUUCAAGACAUUGGAUAAAUAAAGCUGUCAUUCACAAUCGUCAGUAGUCACUCUGUUAGAGGAGCUAUUCAUGGUCUUUUUUCUCCCUGGAAUAAUAAUAGUGAUCGCAUGCAUAUUAUUUUGGUGGCCAUGAUUGAUGCCAUUAACAUUAAAAACUCUUCCACAGAAGUGCCCUGUGGUUCCCAUUUUAUAACACCCCACCUGUAUACAGACUGGAUGCAAUAGACAUGAAUCUGAAUAGUGGGUAUGAUAUGGUGGGUAUGGAUCUAUACAGUGGGCCAUCUACAAUGGAUACAGUGCACAUGAAUCUACACACUGCAUACAAGAGAUAUGAGUACCUACUGUCUUUGUUUUUUUCUGUUAUGAUCUUCCCCCUAAAAGCUGUGGGUAAUGCAGUCCACAGUGGUGCUGCUGAUUGACAGUCCAAGUCCACAGUGGUGUUGCUGGUGGUAUAGUACAUAGUACUGUUUCUAGUAGUAUAGUCCACAUUGUUGUUGUAGAGAAUACACAGCAUAUUAACAAGUCCAUUUUUAUAUGAAACAUGUUUUGGCAACAAUUCCAGAUAUUAUUGUCAUUCUAAAGUAAAAAUAUUUUCACUGAUUGGAUAUCGGAAUUGAUCAUGUUAAUUACAGUCUUGCAGAAGCCUAUGGGGUUUCUCACAAAUAAUGCUUUUAAACACCUGAGAGGAUAAUUAAGAGGAUCAAUACAAACUUUGAGAAACGUUUAUGUACGUUUCCAUGUCAUAAUACAGAAUGCUGAUCCCAGACAAGGACUUUUGGAGCCGUUUUCUACAAAUGUUUGUUAAUGGCGCCUAAAAUUUGAUGGCGUCACAGAUAUGGGUAGUUUGCAUCACCCUUCUUUAUGAACAAACUGUUUGUUUCAGUCAGUAUGUGUACGCUUGCAGAAGAUGGGGAGCUAGUGGGCUAGAAGUUCACUAAAGCUGAAAUCAGCUGUAUGUUGCAUGGGAGCCUGCACAGGGGUGAUCCAUCCAAACCAAUAUGCCGUUUCUGAUGCAAAGGCCACAUGGGAAUUGCGAAUGACAUAGUGCAGUUAUCAGAGUUUUAAAUUAUAUCCUGGGCAGAGCUAGAAGGCACAAAGGUGGGUUUGUGUUACAUGACCCCAACAUUUUGUGUCCAACUCAAAAUGUAGGACUGUCACUGUUCUGAGAUGAUACAUCCAUGUCUGAAGCCCUCCUUGGAACUGAGGUCCAAAAAUUUAAAUACAGAAUUCUUUUUUUUUUCUUUUUUUUUAAAGAUUAUUUGUUUUCUUGACUGCACUUAUUGGUUAACUGAUAUUGAAUUGAGGGAAGUUAAUGACCUGUCAUGAAUUUGCACAUCCUAAUCUGAGAACUGCGAAAAAGUAUUGUGGUAACAAUACACUAAAUCAUUGCUUUGGGUGUAGAGGCUGUGUUAUGAUACACAUUUGUGGAUCAAUCCAAUCACUUUGAAUGUAUUUUUUUUAUUAUGUGCAACAUUAUGAUUUCCUGGUAAAACAUAACAGUAUAUUUAAUACUGGAUUUUAUGUAUGUAUGUAUUGUAUGCAUGCAACAUUGGUUUUACUGCAGUUGACCUUUCUCCAAAUGUGGCCUUGCGAUUAAAUCAUUUUAUUUCUA